AUGAACUUUAGAAAACAACGUAUUGUCGACGAACAAAAGACUGUUGAUGUAGAGACGCAAAAUACAUUCAAGGCGUAUGCCAAACAGGCCAUUCUAUUAAAGCGAGACAUGGACAAGUUUGUAGUCGAUCACGCCAUCCCUAUCCAGGAUAAUAUCACUUUGCCAUUAAUCAAUGGUACCAACUAUAAUAAUAAUAAUACCAACGCCAACAACAAUAGUCCAUUGUCACCAGCAAAUCAACAGAUACUUUUACCAAUAUUUACCGGGUAUAAUCUUUUCAUGCGCAUGCCAUUACUAUUGGUCAAACAUAAAGAGGAUAUUUUGUCGCGAGUCAUUUUACUUGCCUCUGGAAUACCAUUCCUACAACUACAAUCGUUCUUGACCCUUCCUAGACCUACAAAUAGUUUGAUAGAGGCAUCGGCAGUGUCACAUGUCAAUACUGUUGCACUUGGUAGUCUCUAUCUACUCGGUGGUAUCAAACGCGAGGGUCGCGUUUCAUUGGCACAAGCAAUGAUUAAUCUAACCGUCAUACUUCCACAUCUAGCUACAAGUAUUGCAUAUCGUCGUCAACUAGCAUUUAUGAUGGAGUUGUCAAAUUCAGAUGAUGAAGAUGAAAGUGAUGAUGGUGACGAAGAUAAUGAUAGUGAUGAAGAUAGUGAAGGUGAUAGUAGUGGACCUGUUCAAAUAAUCAAUAAACAUGAAUAA